CUGUAACUACCAUCGAGGACUUUGUGGAGACAACUAUCGUCCUCAAGAAGGACAAGAACAAUGAACUUGGAAUCAGUGUCACUGGAGGAAACGACACCUAUUUGGAGGCAAUAGUUGUGACAGACGUUCUUGGCAAUGGUGCAGCUUUCCAAGAUGGCCGACUAAGAAAAGGAGACGUUUUGUUGGCUGUGAACGACCUGUCACUGAGGGACAUCUCCUUCAAAGAAGCGGUGAAGCUGUUGCACGAGGCAACGUCGCCCGUGCGACUGGUGGUUCUUAGAGAAAAUCCUCAAACCUUAUUUACAACCCACCAGAUGCUGACCGCUUCCGAUAUUCCUCGCAAGUUCAUCAUGGUUGAACUACGAAAGACGAGUGUAAAGGACAAACUAGGCAUGAGUUUCAUCCAAAGGACCAACGGAAGAGGAGUUUUCAUCACUUACGUGCAACCAGGAAGUAUUGCUGCCCAACAUGGUCAAAGAAUUAUGCAGGGAGAUCAGAUUCUGGAAGUUAACGGACAAAACGUGAGGGACAAGAACCAGAAGGACAUGGCCGAGCUUUUAUUGAAUUUAGAUGGUGCGAUUGUACUUCUGCUGGGAAGAGUCUCUACUCUGACUACUGCCAUCCAAGAGUGGGUGAGGAGAAAGGGACUGCUGAGCCUACGGACACGGACUUCAACAUGGUCUUCGUGCACCGGAAACGUCCGAGAAAAACUCCAAGCACAGCGUCCAAGCUUGCCUGUGACAAAAGACAACGGUCCGAUUUGGCUUCCCCCUGACACUCCCACUACUCGUCAGGCCUUUGAUGAAUAUAAAUUUACGUCAACCGAUGUCGCUUCCGCUUCAUCGCUGAGCAGCCCUCGGUCGCCUUUGAGUCUGUUAACGGAAGACAAGCACGCUGCUCUGCACGAGACAUUGGAUGAUGACAUCGAGGAGUUCCACGUUAGCGGUUCCAAAAGUCCUUUGCUUCCAACCAUUCGUGUGACCAGUUUUUAAAUUAAAAGUUUAUUUCCAAAAUAACCAGAUCAUCCGUCCACCAAAGUUCGAGUUAACUGUCAACUCAUUGCCCAAAUUUGUUUAUCUCAAUUCACUAACAAACAUAUAUUAUUAUUAUUUUAGUUUUUAUCUUAAAGUCUCAUGACAGGUGUACUUUAGUGUAAAUAUUCUGCCAUGAAUGUCUGAUCAAAAUAUUGGGAUUUUUUUUUUAUGUUUUAUUAAAGAAUAGUAAAACAAACUACUCUGUUAUCGGACAUAAGAGUUGUUAAAUAAACACCACGAUUUCUGUAUAGACCUAUUCAAUUUGAUAACACAUGUUUGUGUUAAGUUUUAUUCAGAUAGAUCCACCGUUAAAUACGUAAAGUGACCUCUGAAGAAACAAAUUUGUAGAGGAUCCUAUUACUUCGAUCGUCGUUUUGUUUUUUGGUCAAAGCAUCGCGUCUCGUUUAAAAUUUGGUCAGAGCUUGAGCAAUGUCCAACUUUUAUAACUUCGCUUUUUCACACAACCGUUAAACUUGCGGUGUUGUAGAC